GCCCAGAGUAGUUCACUGUUACCAUGGUAACAUUGUAUUUCUUUGGUCACAGUGUGCUGAAAAAUAAAAUUGUAAAAAAAAGAAAAAAUGUAAUAACAAAUAAAAAAUUUAUAGAAACAUUUGAAAAAAAAUAUACAAAUUCAAUAAUUAUUAUUAUUAUUUUCACCAAAGAAAUGUAGCAGAAUACAUUUUGACCUAAAUCGGGACUGACUAUUUGGAAACUCGGGUCAGUAGGGGGCCCUAUAAGAUGCCCCUGGUAUCAUUUUCAUAGGCUUUUUUGUGUUUGGGCAAGGACACAGGGGCCCCAUGAUCCCCUAUUGCCAGGGGGCCCCAU